UCUUUACUAGCUUUGACUGUUGUUCUCUCCUUGUUAGCUUUCAACUUUAACCUGCGAUGAGGAAGAAAGCUCCGAACCGCAGCGGCAUGUGAGUGGAAAAGGAUUGCGACCUAGGUAAAGAGAAAUACCAAUAGGUUGUUUGCACACACUCAAGGUUUAAUGCUGAGCCACUACAAUUAAUGAUGAUAAACAGUGGAUAUACUGUAUUGCAGAGAUACUUGCAGUUGCUGAUCCCUAUGGCAGCCAGGGGGCUAUUACAGACGAAAAACUCACUACUUUUCAAUAUGAAUUAUUUCUGGCUGACUAGAUUUUCAGCAGAGAUUCUGUUCAGACCAGUGUCUUUUAGGCACUUCUGUCUGAAGUUAGAGAGUGCUGCUGCAGAGUCCUACCAGGAGAAUGGCAGCCUAAUAAACAAACUGGCAUGCAUGGGAGUGGAUGUUAAAAUGGUGAGAAGGAGACAACCUGGAGUUCUGAAGAAGAUGAUUACAAAUGAAGAGGACCUCGAACAAUUUCUGCAAAGCAAAGGGGCUACUAAUGAAAUCAUUGCCAGCAUCAUCUCACGUUAUCCACGAGCCAUCACACGCUCCUACGAGUCUCUUGAAAAACGUUGGGAACUUUGGAGAAGUAUUUUGAUGACUGACUUGGAAAUUGUAAAUAUUCUGGCACGUUCCCCUGAGUCCUUCUUUCGUUCCUGUAAUAACAUCAAUAUGGAGAAAAAUAUUACAUUCUUCAGUUCUCUUGAGCUAACCUCUAAAGACCUUUGCAAUAUCUUGACCAGAGCACCACGGGCAUUUUCUAACAGAGUGGAGUUGAACAUUCAGAUGGCUGACCUCCUGCAUGAGAUCUGUUUAUCUUUAGGUGGUAAAAACCCAAAUGAUUUUGUGAAGCAUGUAAUUUCUAAAAAUGUCUUAAUUCUCCUGCGGAGCAGCAAGCAAGUGAAAGCAAACGUUGAGUUCCUGCAAUCCUCUUUCCAUCUGAGCAAUGAGGAAUUACUAUCUCUGCUACAUGGCUGUGGAGCUGACAUUUUGGACUUAUCUAAUGAAUAUAUUAAAAAAAACUUAACAAUUGCUAAAGAGAAACUGUUAUCUCUUGGGUGCACUGAAAGAGAGGUGGAUAGAUUAUUUAUUAGAUAUCCACGAGUGCUCUUCCUUUCAUCCAAGAAGUUCAGUGAUAAAAUAGAUUGCCUCUUGCAAGCAAAUAUUCACAUGAAACAAAUAGCUGAAACUUCUUGGGUUCUAGAUGUAAGUAUCAGUACUAUAACAGACAGAAUCAAGGAACUGCAAAAAGCUAGCUAUGACUUCAACACUUAUGGAAUUGGUGUCCUUGCUUUCAGUAAAAAAAGAUUUGAAGCUAAACUGGAAAAAUUACAUAGUGCACGGUGAUUAAUCAAGAGGACACAAUCCUGUGAAAAUACUGUCACACCUUGAAAUUUUAAAAACUUGAAAAAAAUGUCCUGUUUCAUUAUUCUGAAACAUAUUUCAAAAUAAUUGGUAAUUACUUAGCACUGCUUGCUAAGGAUAAGUUAAAAAUUCAGCUAUCACUAGUGGGGUGCUAUGGGGUGACCAGGAGUGCUGUUUGGUGUCUUGCUUACCAACUGUGAAGGUAGUAGAUAUCAGAUAUUGAAGUGGGACUGUUCAGAGAGGACUCCAGUUGGAGGAGCAAUCAGAGAUAUGUAGAAUAAUGAAUGGUAUAGAGAAGAUAAGUCAGGUAUACCAUUUGCCCUUUCCAUACAAGAGCAAGAGAUGAUUCAUACCUUUGAUUCUGGAACUGGCAUAGCACGGGCAAACCAUUGCAUCCUUUUGGAACCCCAUUGAAGUUCUUGCAGGAGCCCCUUGUUAAAGUGGGAUAUUCUAUUAUUUCUUUACAUUGCUUCAUCUCAUCAUGCAUAGGUAUGCUCUAAGGAGCCUUUGUCCUUGAGAAAUGCAUUGAAAGGUCCACAGAUAAGGGUUGGCAUAGGUGUAUUCUAUAUUAUAGCAUAUCCCCCUGUAAGCCUAUAAAAAUCUAAGAAUAUGAAGAGCUGACUUAAAUCUAACUGGCUUAAAUCUGAUAGACACCCUGAGAAGAGAAGUUUCCUUUACAGCAAUUGGUAAAGUAAUGUAACAUUAAAGCCUAAUGAUUGGAUAACAGAUGAUUCAUUAAAUGAUACAGAUUUGUCUCGGAUGAGGACAAAUGCACUUGGCAUGCGCAAAUCAUAGAUACUUUAAGGAGAGAGCUCCUAAAUGCAGAAAGAGAAUGUGGCAUUAUUUCUUGAAACAUAAUACAGACUCCUUUUGAUUUUUAAGAACGGGUAAUUCUCUUUAUUUCAAGUGCAUAAAGACAUAUUUUCCCCACAUAAUUAUACAGUCUAAGGGUUUAUAAAUAUUUACAUAUGUAUGCUUCUAUGUUUCUUACCCCGUGAUCACAUUUCUAAUGCUUUUGCUUUAACUAGCUGUAAACAUCUAUUUUUUUCACUCUCUCCAUUGCAGGAAGAGGGUGAGGUGUAAGGGCUGGUCUACACUGCCGCUUAACUGUGCUGUAAUUUUCUUGCUCAGGAGUGUGAAAUCCCACCCACCAAGCACAACAGGUUACAGCACUAUAAAGUGCCUGUCUUGUUGACAGGCUCCCAGUGCUGUUAGCUACUCCCCUCGCAGAGGUGGUCUACUUAUACCAUGCUGUAAGAGGACUUUCGCAGCAUCUGUGGCAUGACCAUACUGUCACGUUAAACUCAGCAUUGUAGACAAAGCCAAACAUCCUGGAUUCUAAGUAGCGAUGUGAAUGGAUAACCGGUCAACUGGUUAUCCAAUAAGCAUCACCCUUACUGGAUGACACUUACCAAGUACCGAUUAACCAGUACCCAGGAAUAGCCUCCCACCCAUAGCCCACUAGGGGUAGAGGGCUACUCCAGCCCCAGAGAGGUCAAGAGCUAGCUCCCCUGCAUAGAAGGGGGCUGGAAGGGCCACCCCACAUGUGGGGGAGGCCAGGAACAGGAGCUGGCCAUCUGUGCAUGGGAGGGUCAGGAGUGGGAGCCAACCCUGUUAUGCAUGGGGCUGCUGGCUCCUGCUGCCAGCCCCAACAUGUGGGGGUGAGGUGUGGAAUCACUUAACCCGUUAAACCUAAAGUUUAACUGGUUAAUUGAUAAACUAGGAUGUUACAAUCUGGUUAACUGGGAUAGCUCAGUGGUUUGAGUAUUGGCUUGCUAAACCCAGGGUUGUGAGCUCAAUCCUUGAGGGGGCCAUUUAGGGAUCUGGGGCAAAUCUGUCAGGGAAGGUACUUGGUCCUGCCGUGAGGGAAGGAGACUAUACUCAGUGACCUCUUAAGGUACCUUCCAGCUCUGAGAGAGGUGUAUAUAUACAUUAAAUAUGAAGUGUAAGCAAAAUUCUGGUAGGUAUCUGCUUGAGUUUGGGGACUUAAAUUUGAUCUUGAAUUCUCAGAGUCCUGGGAAAUGUACAUUUUAUCUGAGUAUAGGUUUAAAUGUUUACAAGAGAAGUAUUGCUUACUGAUGUAGAUUUUCCACAGAGAAUAUGCUCAGACCUGUGUCUUCUAGGCAUUUCUGUCUGAAGAUAGUGCUGUUGUAGAGUCAUGUCAGGAACGGAUGUCAAUAAGGCAACAGACCAGAGCUCCGAACAUUAAGAUUACUUCUAGUUAAAUUAUCAAAGCUUAUUUAUUUUUCUGCUGUGUUUCUACAGUUAUUCCUCCCUUGUUGGGAAUUAUGAUAGGUGCUCACAGGGCCAGGUGUCCUAGUGGUUAGCACAUCCAACUUCUGCCUUGCUGCCCCUCCGUCAGGAUGGAUGUGGCUGUACUGCAAUAGGAGUUCCAUGGUUGGCCUGCUCCAGUGGAUUCCAGCCUGAGUCCAAACAUCUACAUUGCAAUUAAAUAGCCUCUUAGCCCAAGUCAAGCAAGCAUGAGUCAGCUGGAAUGGGCCAGCUGUGCAGUCUUUUAGUUGCAGUGUAGAGAUAUGCUAAGAGGGUAUUGUAAGGGGACCCAAACCCUCUCCUCAGCUGGUCCCCGCCUACGUCCCCAUAGGAAGCAAUGUUAUCAGGGUCCUUUUUGCAGCUAAUCCAAGUUUGCUUCCCUGCGCUACUUUCUAUCAAUAGGUCCCUUAAGUUUAGAGCCAUAGGCAGGAGUGGCCCAAGGCCGGCUGCAGCAGCUGGCGCCCCAGGCAGAACGCGCGAUUGGCGCCCCCGCCUGGAUGGCUGUCAAUGGCGUGAUGUAAUCAUUGGGCACCCCGUGACAUCACCAUCGGGCGCCCCGUUGAAGGCAGUGCCCUAGGCAACCACCGAGUUGGCCUAGACUCACGGGCCGCCCCUAGCCAUAGGGCAUUCUAGACACAUCCCUAGUAUCCGACCAGUUCUGAAGCAGUACUGCUAUAGCCAAGUACCUACACUCAACUGGCCAAAAGCCACAUGUGGCUAGUGGUUUGCUUGUUUGACACCACAGGUUUAAAGCAUGGCCCCUGUACUCCCAACAAGUUAGCUGCUCAACAAAAAAGGAAUUUAAAGGAGCAUGGCCCUGCUGGACCUAUGAGUUCUCAAAGACAUUGAGAAGGCAUUGGGGGCCUUACCUGGUCUGUAUUCCUCUCUCAGGCUCAACUUGUUGGCUGUUUCCUAGGGAAAGGUUCCUCUCUCCAGUCUGUCCACCAGCCUUUGCCUAUGCUUCUGAUUUACCUCUUCCUCCAGUCAAGACAUGCUUGGCAGACUGAAGGGAGUAGGCGGGAAGAGGCGCUUCUGAUCUCAAUAUUGCCUUUCAACCCCUUCAGGCCAAGCAUGGGGUUCUCCCUCAGUUCCUGAGUUGUGGUAGUGGGGAGCUAAACCAGAUCUCCUCUGUUUCUUGAAAAGAAAUUGGCUUUUUUCUUUUCUUUGCUUGCAUGAUGGAAUGCAGUUUCAAUAAGAGGUACCACUGAGUGAUGUGCAGGGUGUGGUCUUUCAUGAGGUUCAUCCAUUGGAGUGGUGCAUGGUCUGAUACUAGGCAGAAGGGCUGUCCCCAUGAGUAAUGUUGCAGGGCAUCAACAGCUCAUUCUACUGCCAGUGACUCUUUCUUGAUGACUGAGUUUAUCACCUCCCAGGGAACAAAUUUCUACUGAGAGAGGAUGGGAUGCUCUUCUCCUCUGAAUUCUUGAGACAGUACUGCCCCGAGUCUGGUGUUGUGGGCAUCAUUCAGUACAAUAAUUGUCACUGAUGCUGGAUGGUGAGCUGCUGGGACAAAUGGUUCUUCUGCAACCAGUGAGUCACUCAAAGAAAUUAUCCAAAGAAGCAGGGUUCUGGAAGAUCUAUAAUUUGUGAGAGGGGGUGGUGGUGGCUAGGGAAGGCAUUGCAGGGAGUCUUACUCCUCUGUGGUUCCCUCACAAGCUCAAACUUGUGUCUGGUUUUCAGGAGAGGGGUUCAUCUUUCCUGUAGCUGUCCACCGCUCUUUGCCUGGACUUAUCGGUUCCCUUUUAACUUGCUCGUCCAGUUGGCGCAUGCUCUGCAAGCCUGGUGGGGGUGGGGCCACUUGAGCCCAGUAGUGCCUUUUUAAUCCCUUUGGACCCAGUUUGGAAUUUGUAUAUCUCACCAUAAGAAUAAUAAAACUUUAGGUCCAGAUCCUUUUGAGCAUAAUGGGAGAAUUUCGCCAUGAAAAAUACAGGAUUGGAUCCCUGCUUUUGUCUUGUUUUGGUCCUGGCAUCUGUUUUGCUCAAAACAGUUACGAUUGGAAGUUAAGCCCUAGUAUAGAUUUAGGGAGUCAGAACUUGUAAGUUAGUCCUUAGCUCCUUCCUUUAAGGGACAGGUGAUAAACAUAUGCAGCAAAAUGUGUUGUCAUUCCUCUGAAAGAAACACAUUAUCUGUUGUUAAAAAUCAAAGGUAAUCUCUCUUUGCUGAACAGUGGGGGAGGGGAAGAGUUAGAGGGGGCAGUUGCUCUGGGGCCCAGUGACUCAUAAAGGCCCAUGGUUCUUGACCUCCCCCUACCCUGCUACCACAGGAGUUCUGGUAGUUGGAGACCUGGGCCCAAUAAAUUGCUGCUAUAGUGCCAUGUGGUGCAUUCUGGGAAGCUGUGAGGGCUGGCUGGGGUGGGCACAGUAUGCUCUGCACAGUACUGAGGGCUGCCUCAGCCCCACCCCUUCCACCCAGGCUCUGCCCCAUGCUCACCUUGUCCAGGGCUCCAGCAAGUCUGUUGGCCCCUCUGCUGUACCGUGUAUUGUUGCCCUAGGUGGGCACCCCACAAAUUGUAACUUUAUUUCUGUUGAUGUUAUUUUCAGUGAUGGGGUUUAGAAAACAAAGUUCUUGCAGAUCAGCAAGGCAGGCAUAAAUAUUUGGGAAAUUUCAGUAGCUUUUAUGCCAUGCAUUUGUUUUUCAUUACUGUUAACUUGAUAAAACAUACAACAUAUUAAGUUGGCAUAGGCAAUGCUUUUAAAAUGUGUCAAAUAAUGAUUUUAAUGGCUCUAAUAUCAACUUUAAAUUAAUGCUGGAAAACAGGUACUACAAAAUGUCAAACUGUAUUUGUAUUUCUUGGGUCAAAUAUAAUUUAAAGUAAAUAUUGCUCUCAUAUUGAAUCUCUUUGCCAAUGAAAGAACUAGGGUUUCUAGGUGUCUGGUUUUCUCCUGGAUACUCUGGUAUUUAUGGCACCUGUCCAGUAAAAAAAACCAGAAAAUACUGGACACACAUUCUUCCCCUGCUGUAGCUGGUGGGGGGAGUGUGGGUAUUUAAAGGUCCAGUGAUUUUUUUUGCUCAACAACUUUGGUCCCCCGUUUUGUUUUGUUUUUGUUUUGCUCAAGCAAUUUUUUUCCAUGCCAUGUUUGGGAUGUUUUUUGUGAAAGUAUCUGGCAAUAGUAGGAACUGUAACACAUUUACAGAGAACAAAAAUUGGAAUGAGACAUGGUAAAACAGCUAUUAUUUCCUUUGCCAAUCUAAAAUAAAAUAACAAAUUAUUAGGACAAUAAGCUGUCAGCUGAUGGUCAGGGCAGUGUGUAUGUGCUAUACACCCAGGACUUCAACUGCUGGGACCGGAAUCCCU